UUGAAUAUUUACUUGGAAUUUUGACAUAGAUUGUACAUUUCAUUUCAUGGAUAUUAGUUAUUGGAGGUCAUUAAGCUGGAAGGUGUUGGACAUUGUCCUGAAGAUGCAAUAAUGCCUAGAGACAUGUUUCUCUUGCAACUAUGGAGCGGAAUGGAUGAGAAUGUUGUUGGCACCUGUGCUGAACUUAUAUUUGCUCCUAUCGAUGCCUCUUUUGCUGAUGAUGCACCUCUUUUGCCUUCUGGUUUUCGCAUCAUUCCUCUUGAUUCUGGCAAGGAAGCUUCCAGUCCAAAUCGUACCCUUGACCUUGCUUCUGCUCUCGAGAUUGGACCGGCUGGAAAUAAAGCAUCUAAUGAUUAUACUUCUAAUGGUGGCAGUACAAGAUCUGUGAUGACAAUAGCAUUUGAAUUUGCAUUUGAAGGUGUUAUUUGGGAGUAGAGCUUCUCAAGUCUGGCAGUGAAGGAAGUGAAACCACCCUCAAAACCCUUUGGCAUCACACAGAUGCUAUUAUGUGCUGCUCUUUAAAGGCAUUGCCAGUUUUCACCUUUGCUAACCAGGCUGGUCUUGACAUGCUUGAGACAACCUUGGUCGCCCUUCAAGACAUUACUUUGGAGAAGAUAUUUGAUGA